CCAGCAUUCUCGAUCGGAUCUGUCAGGUGAGAAACACGCUCACGAAGCCGCGCGUCCACGCGCUCAUCUCCAAAACCACCGCGCAGCGUCAAACUGUGAAGAGUCGCUGACUGUGGGGAUUACAAAGGAGCGCUGAACUUUAAAGAAUGCUAGAUAAACAUCUUUAAAAGUCUGUUGUAUGAAUGACAAGAUAAACGUGCUUCAACGACGUUACUGUUUAUACUCGACGGGCGUUGGGGUGCAGAUAAACGCGCUCAUUUUACGAGAGAAACAGCAAACCGCUCGUGAUGUACUGAAGGCGUCACAGAGAAACUGAAAAUGGGUUGAAGAAAAGAAAACGCCGAUAAAGAGAGGUGUAGGUAGGACAUUUUGUUGUUGUUGUUGAAAAACAUGGAGCCAUGUGUACAUUUUUGUUUUGAAACAGAUAUUUGACUGGCACUCUGGAGGAGGAGAGCCGGAGCGCGUGCAUGUGUAACGUUACGGUAUCUGAAUGUGUAAGAUUUUUUCAAAAUCGCUCAUUCUGUUUUUCUCUGAAUAAAGACAGUUUUGCUGUCUUGUGAUGUCGGACACUACAGUUGUGAUUCAGUUUUGACUGGUUGGAUGUGACUUUUGUUACCACUUUGCGUUACUGCAGAGAUCCCUUCACUUUAGUUUUACAGCAUGUUGUCCGUCUCGAGCCAUACAGGCUUCGAAUCCAGUGAAUUUCAGGGAUCACGUGUAUUUCUUUGCUCCCGUUUCCCAUUUUCAUCUGUGCUACCUCAGCAUCUCGGAGAUGUGUGUAGCACAGCAGAUCCCAAGAUGAGAUUUUGACAUUUUAACAGCAGAUAGGAUGUCUCUGCAGAUGUUUGACUAAAAUAUUAUUUUGUUGUCACGUGGACUCAAAUUGAUACUUUUUCCUGCUGGAAAAGCCACACGUUGAUGCUCAGAACUGUGUCAUACAUUUUUCAUCCUUUAAACUCCUGAGAUCUGUGGUUGCCGCCCGUGUCUGAAGGAUUCAUGGAUACACUUUUCUUGUAACAUUAAAGUGUAGUCGAUCGACUACAUAAACAACACUGGUGCUCUAAAGGUUUCUUUCUGCCAUGUCAAAGCCGUUCAAGUUACAACACAUAGGAUAAAAGAUAAACAGUUGUAUCAAGUCUCUACCUACACCUUCAGUUGUUUGAUCUCCCCCCCACUGUACCCAUCAGGUGGGGGGGGGACAGGGUAAACCCCAAACUAUGGAGUCCAACCCAGACAGCCCGAGUCGGGCUGUGGAGUAUCUUCUGGAGCUAAAUAACAUCAUUGAGAACCAGGCCAAACUUUUAGAGACGCAACGCAAGCGUAUCGAGGAGCUCGAGACGCAGCUAGACCGCGUCAACCUGGAGAACCAGGACCUACGGCAGGACAGGAACACAGGAACAGAGAACUCCACGCACAACCAGAGCUCAAAGUCCGGCCAGCCGUCAUCGCUACCGAACCACAAUGCUGGAGGUGUGCAUCAGAACAUCAGCAGUAACGCCCCCUCAUCCACGGUGCCUGGUCCGGCUCGACAGACGCACACGAGGCUGACCCGAGGCCUGUCGUGCGGCUCGGCUCCUGUUGAGAAAGAGAGGGGGAGACUGGAGAGAAAUGACAGCAGUGGGACCAACAACACGUCGACUCUGCGGAAACAUGAGCAGGAAACCCAGGGUUCAGAUUCACGUCCCUUCUCAGAGAGUUCCUGCAAUAAAUCUCCAUACAUACACAGCUCUGACCACUACAGGGACAACAUCUGCGGGCCCCCAGGCGCUCGGGCACCUUUUGUGGCCCCUCCAAGUCCAGCCAGCCUUGCGUGGGUCCAGCGUACACGCAACCAACCAGCUAGCCUGGCCCUACGUAAACAAGAGGAAGAGGAAAACAAGAGGUGCAAAGCCUUAUCGGACAGCUAUGAGCUCUCUACAGACUUACAAGACAAGAAGGUGGAGAUGCUGGAGAAGAAAUAUGGAGGUUACUUUGUGAGUAGACGAGCGGCGCGAACCAUCCAGACAGCAUUCCGUCAAUAUCGCAUGAACAAGAACUUUGAGCGUCUACGUAGCUCGGCUUCUGAGAGCCGACUGACACGACGCAUCAUCCUUUCCAACAUGCGACUGCAGUACUCGUUCGAUGACCGACAGCCUCAGCCUCCCACCCCGACUCACUACAUUCACAGUCCGGGAAUGGGACCACCACAUUCUCCAACCUGCACCACAGAACCAAGCUCCCCAUUACAGCCAGAAUACACCCACCUAGAGGACUCCUUCUCUAAACAAGUAAAAUCCUUGGCAGACUCCAUUGAUGAUGCCCUGACCUGCCGACCACGCCGAGACGAUUCCCAGGAAGGCAUAGGAGACGGAAGUGCCGUCGUGGAUGACUUCGGCGAGUGCAUCUGGAGCAGCAACAGCCACGCGUCCAUCCGCAGAGGCCUCGGAGACCGAGAUCGAGGAGGUACAGGGGGUCUAAGCAUGCAUGAAGAUAGCACAGCCACCUCCUACAGCGACGUCACCCUCUACAUGGACGACGGGUUACCUUCCUCCCCGCUGUCUCUCGACCGGGCACCUAGCAGCACAGACACAGAAUUCUGGGGGGGUGUCGGAAGCGGGGUUAGCGGCAGAGACGAUAGCCGUGACACGGAAGGGGGAGGAAGCAGCAACAGCCGCCGAAGCACUCCUUGCACGGAAUGCCGUGAUUACCGGUUACGGGGAGGCCACUUACCGCUACUCACCAUUGAACCGCCUAGCGACAGCUCAGUGGACAUGAGUGACCGUUCAGACCGAGGUUCCCUCAGCAGACAGCUAGUGUACGAGCAAGACUCAGGGGGAGGGUCACCUCAAGGGACACUAAAACACAACCCCAAUGCUCGUUCAACAUCCUCGACAGCCGCACAAGGUCAAGCGCGUCCGGCUGGCCGAUCGCUACCAUCGCAAAUCCCCCAUAACAUGGCUCAUCACCACCACCAUCAUCACCACCACCACCAUCACCAGUACCCUGACACUCCCUCGUCUUCUUCGUCACCUCAACAGCCCCCAGCCACGCCACUCUCCUCCUCCUCGUCAGCGGCGCUGCCCCCUGGUGGCUUGGAGCAGCAGUGCUGCUCGGAUGGUGAUAAUGACUCGCUGAACUCGACCACAAACUCUAACGAAACUAUAAAUUGCAGCUCGGGCUCCUCAUCAAGGGACAGUUUAAGGGAGCCUCUGCCCCCACUCGGAAAGCAAACCUACCAGAGAGAAAGCCGACAUAGCUGGGAUUCUCCCGCUUUCAACAACGACGUCGUUCAGAGAAGACAGUAUCGUAUAGGACUCAACCUCUUUAACAAGAAGCCAGAGAAGGGUAUCCAGUAUCUGAUUGAAAAGGGCUUUGUGUCGGACACACCAGUGGGCAUCGCUCGCUUUAUCCUGGAGAGAAAAGGCCUGAGUCGACAGAUGAUUGGAGAGUUUCUUGGCAACAGACAGAAGCAGUUCAACAAAGAUGUAUUGGAUUGUGUGGUGGAUGAAAUGGACUUUUCCGGAAUGGAUCUCGAUGACGCUCUAAGAAAGUUUCAGGCUCAGAUAAAAGUUCAAGGAGAGGCCCAAAAAGUUGAAAGACUUAUUGAGGCUUUCAGUCAAAGGUACUGCGUUUGUAAUCCGGCGCUGGUGAGGCAGUUUCAGAACCCAGACACCAUCUUCAUCCUGGCCUUCGCCAUCAUCCUCCUCAACACAGACAUGUACAGCCCCAACAUCAAAGCAGAACGCAAGAUGAAGCUGGAUGAUUUCAUCAAGAACUUGCGAGGGGUGGAUAAUGGUCAGGAUAUCCCACGUGAUCUACUAGUUGGAAUCUACCAGCGCAUUCAAAAGUGGGAACUGAGGACCAAUGAUGACCAUGUUUCUCAGGUCCAGGCCGUGGAGAGAGUCAUAGUGGGCAAGAAACCUGUUCUGUCUCUGCCCCAUCGCCGACUGGUUUGCUGCUGUCAGCUCUAUGAAGUCCCGGACCCAAACCGUCCCCAAAGAUCUGGAGUCCACCAGAGAGAGGUUUUCCUCUUCAACGAUCUGAUUGUGGUAACAAAGAUUUUCCAGAAAAAGAAAACCUCAGUGACGUACAACUUCAGACAGUCCUUUCCAUUGGUGGAGAUGCAGGUUCACAUGUUCCAGAACUCCUACUAUCCUCAUGGCAUCAGACUAACGUCGGCGAUCCCAGGGGGCGAGCGUAAAGUUUUGAUCGUGUUCUCAGCCCCCAGUCAACAGGACCGCACACGCUUUGUGAGUGAUCUGAGGGAGAGCAUCGCUGAGGUGCAGGAAAUGGAGAAAUACAGAGUAGAGUCUGAGUUGGAGAAACAGAAGGGUGUAAUGCGGCCCAGCCUGCUCACUAACAGCAUUAUGGGAGGAGGAGUGGGCGGAGUCAAGAAUGAAGUAGUGAAUGGCACUAUCGGUAGACCUAGUCUAGAUGACAACUACUCCCCAGGAGAGGGUCUUAAACGUUCCGCUCUCAGCUCCUCACUGAGGGACCUGUCUGAAUCAGGGAAGCGUGGCCGCAGAAACAGCGCUGGUUCCCUUGACAGUACAAUGGAAGUAAGUCUGAGUGAAGCAGAGGUCUGUAUCUUUAGCUUUAGUCCCCAAUCCCGAACCACCCGCAUGUCUGCCUGGAACAUCCACGAAACACAGAGUCAUCCUGCAUGUGUCCUAAACCAUAGACACAGAGCCAUGUGUGAGCGUCCAUGUGUGGUCUGUGGAAUGUUAUUGUACACAUGCACUGAAAUGAUAUGUUGUUAUAAGGACAUCAUAGAACAUCUGAUUUAUUCUGGGUUAAACCUGAAAUAUAUAGUUGUGACCCAGAAUAAAUUCUGCAUGACAGUGAUAUUUGUGUAGAGCAUCUAUGGAACAUUCAAAACCAUAUGUGGAUUUAUGUUGACAGUGUUUGUGCACUAGUGUCAUUAUUUUGUUAAAUAAUCAUUUUGAAUAUGGUUUGUUGAGAUGUGAGAUGUUAUGCAUGAAAGUGAUUGUGUGAUGUAAGUUCUGGAACAGUUUUUACACUGAGUCCAACUUUAUAUUUGAUGUCCCUCAUUAAUGUAUGUAAACAUGAAAUUGAAAGUAGACAUUUUUAAAGGUCACAUGUGUAUUUUUGUGGAGGAUCUAUUGACAGAAAUGCAAUAUAAUAUAGAUAACUAUGUCUUCAGAUGUGUAUAACACCCACACAUAAUGAAGCGUUAUGUUUUUAUUACCUUAGAAUGAGCUAUUUCUAUCUACAUACACCCCGGGUCCCCUUACAUGGAAUUCACCAUGUUGUUUCUACAGUAGCCCUAAACGGACAAACUGCUCUACAGAGCGUUAUCUCCUUCAGCAAAGAGGCUGAAACGUGAUAACAUCUUAGUCCUAUUUGAGCCAACGUAGUGCUUCGAAAGGGUGGGGGGGAGCCUUUGGUUGCAAUUCGCAACCUCACCACUAGCUGCCACUAAAUGACACACUGGACCUUUAAGUAUUUGUCUAAUAAAUAAAUGUGUAAAUAAUAAAUGUACAUAAUCAAAGAUAAAAUGUAUUAACCAAACUCUGAAUACCAUUUACUUCAAAUUUUCAUUAAACAAAAUUUGGUCACACUUUAUGUUAAGGUCCAAUUCUCGCUAUUAUCAAACCAUUAACUAUGACUUUUCCCUCAAUAAACUCCUAAUUUGGUGCUUAUUAAUAGUUAGUAUGUGUAGCGAGGAAGGCGGGACGAGAGCCGUGGGGCAGGAAGGCGGGGCCGGUGGCGUGA